AUGUAUUCAGGUGCAGGUGCAGAUGCAACCAAAUCCGCAAGGGCAACUGAAUUUACCAUCGCAAAUAAUAAAAACACCCACCCGACUUUACCUCAACUGUUUGAGCACCCAGUACCUUCAUUAUCUCGU